AUGGAGCCCAGGAACUAUAAUCAACUUAAAAAACGGUCAGAAAAUAAAAAGUGGUAUGACAAGUCAUGUUAUAUUCUAAGACGUGACGUUAUUGGUAUGGGUAAGCUUCUAACUAAGUACCCCAGGGAACCCUAUGUUAGAAAUAGAUAUUUCCAGUUGAAGAAAGAUUAUAAAAAAAUAGUUAAACGCAAAAAAAGGGAUUAUAAAGAGGAACUUCUAAAUAAAAUUAUAGAAGUUGAGAAAAAUGAUCUUGAGGAAUUUUGGAAUACAAUCAAGGAGUUAAAAACUAAUAGUGCAUUACCCUCCAAUAGUGAUAUCAAUAAUAGUAUUUGUGUAGAAGAAUGGGUGAAACAUUUCUCAAAUCAAAAUGUUAAGUACUGCAAUGACAGCUCAUUAGAUACAGAAAUAAAUGAGUUGGAAAAUAAUGCAACUAACAAUGAAUUAAAUAAUAAUAUUAGUAUAGGUGAAAUUAUUAAGGCUAUUAAACAGCUUAAAAAGAAAAAAUCCGCUGAUAAAUUGGAUGAGACAUGUCAGCCUGUUAAUCCUUGUCAGUGGUGGAAUAUUGUAUAUUGCAAUAUACAUCUGGUGGAUUUUCUCUCAGACAAAGAGAUUGCUUCUGUCCAUCGAGAACUUGGUCGCUAUAGACAAGAUGUUGUUCCGAAAAUAGAAUCAAAAUUUGUUUUUUAUGAAGAAAAAGGAAAUGAAGACAGCAUUAUUAGACUGGAACAAAUGCUUGUACAUGAUGAGUUUUUCAAGGAUUUAGCAGAGUCACCAGCUUUCAAUGGAUUAGCUGAUUUAUUGCUUGGAAUGGAAUGUGAACCUAAUAACAUCCAGUUUUUCUCAAAGCCUCCAGGAGGGAAGGACACACCUCCCCACCAAGAUGGAAAGUAUUUUAUGCAUGAUAAAGGUUUGACAUUUUGGUUAGCAUUGGAGGAUGCUGAUGAGGAAAAUGGAUGCAUGUAUUAUGUACCUGGCACUCAUAAAAGUGGAUGUCUGGAACAUGUAAAGACAGACAUGUUAGGAUUCAGUCAGGCUUUGGUUGAUUACACAGAUGGUAUGAAAAAUAAAGAAGUUUGUGCUGAAGCUGAAAAAGGUACAUUGCUAGGUCAUCAUCCCAACAUGGUACAUAGAGCCGGUAAAAACAGGUCUGACAUAAGAUGGAGACCAGCCAUAGGACUGACAUACUGGGCUAAAAGCUGUCGAGAUGAUGAAGAGUUGCACAAGAGACGAGCUGCAUAUAAAAAAAGCUUAUUCCAAGAAUUGAAGACAACUGGCAAAAUCUGAGCCAGCAAAGCUAAAAUACUAUGGCUUAAAGUACAUAUAUCUAGCAAUAUAUAUUCUAAACAGUCUUAACUAUUUCACCAUCUGACUUUCUUGCCCAAAUUCUCCAGCACUGUUUUCUUAUAUUCUGCAAUAUUUCUGGAAAUGAA